UUGAUAGGUUAAGUUACCGUCAAAAAUACAAAAAAUUGAAAUGUAUAGAAGUAGUUUAUUUAAAAUUCUUAAUUUUAGCAAUUUAACUGUUAUUAGAGUAUGUGGAAGGUUAACCUAUAAUAACCGAAUACAAAAUAUUUCAGAAAUUAAGACUACGUAUGAGAUAUUGAAACAUUUCGGCAGCUGUGGUAUGAAUUAUAGUCAGCACACGAAGACAGACCUGACUUGUGUAAUAGAAAAUUUAAUCAGCGCAUACAAGCAACGCGAAAGAAUUUAUGUUGGGGCAAUUGAACAUGUAUUAAAGGAAUCAAAUUUUGAACUGCUUAAGAAUCACGGCAUACUACUAAUGAAAUGUUGUGGCCCUUUAGUAGUCGAUCAUACGCCAAAGGCUCGGCAGUUAUUGUGUGUCGCAAUAUUCGCUAAAUUAAAGUCCUUAAAUUUAGUUGACGUUCAGCAUUAUAAUACUUAUUUGCAAGUAUCCAUUGAAAACAAAAUGAGAAUCAACUACGCCGAAUUUUUGGAGCAAAUGAGUUGUGAACCCAAUGAACAAACAUUUCGACUAUUAUUGAAAGCAGUUUGUGAAGUAGGAGACAUACAGCAAGCAUUCAAAAUUGUCACAGCCAUGAAGGAAAAUAAAUUUUUAGCGAAUGAAGAACUUUUUAAUGUCUUGGUCUUGGCCCAUGCAAUAAGGGGCGGUUUAAAUGGUGUUGCCCCAAUCCUCAAAACAAUGCAAUCUGCCCAUGUGUCAGCCUCAGAUAAUACAUUUAGAAUGAUAAUACGUGGAUUAGCACUGUAUGGCGAUAAAGCUGAAUUUAUGAAAUCACUGCGGAUGUACUCAAAUGUGAUUCAAGAAAAGGAUUUUAUCCACUUGCUCAUGGUUUUAGGAACCAAAGGCUUUCAUAGUUGGUUCUCUGAGAUGAUAGAAAUCACGGGUUUGAAACAAAUUUCAAAGCAAAAUGCGGAAGAAUUUACACUAUUAUGCAUUGCAUUAAUUCACCUGGGAAACUCGGAGGCAGCUUUGCUGUAUUAUAAACAAUUUGUUGAACCAAGCAGUGUUCCAACAGGAGACUUCGCAUUUCCUCUGUUGCAUGAAAUGGUUAUUGCACAAAUUGAACCAAAAAAGAUAAUCGAUGUGAUUAGUGAUCUCAAGAAGGAAGAUUCUAAUACUGUAGCAUUAGAAAGAUUAUUAGGUGUAGCCUUAAAGGAAGGAUUUAUGGACACUGCUUGGGAGUUGCUUAAAGCAGUGACCAAUAUACGACCACAUUAUUUUUGGCCAUUUUUACUUAGAGCUAGCAAAGAGCGCAGAGAGAUAGGAGUUUUGGGUGUUUUAGAGGAAAUGUUGAAAAUGAAUGUAAGACCCGAUGGUGACACAUUGGAGUAUUAUUGCAUACAUUUUUGUGAUACCGAAGAUCCACAUCAGUUGCUGGUUCGUUUACACAAACUAGGAUUGACAGUUCGUGAAAUUUUGACUCCACUUGUUUCGUUUCUUAUUAAACAGAGUAGAAUAGAUCUCGCUGUGAAUUUGUGUCAUCAGUAUGAUGUUGCAUUAUCUGCACACCAUGUAUUGCCAUCUCUUCUAAAAAAUUGGAAUUUUAAGACUGAUGUUAAUAAUAUUGUUGUUAUUCUUAAAAAACUGAUUGUUGACGCACACGAUGCCGUUUCGCAGGUUUUGGUUAAGGUUUUAAAGAAAUGUAACUCAUUGGAUCAGUUAAAAUUUUACCUUCAAUUAGUGCAGGCACUGAAAUUAGAAAAAAUCGAUAUUAAUCCAACAGUAGCUGAACACAUUUUAAACGGGCUCAGGUCCAAAGAACCGUCUCCUAUUUUGAAAGAAAUUGAAUCUUUGAUUUGUCAAUUUGAAGGUACAUCUAUUGAAUCCUCUGCAAUUCCACAUCCUCGUGAUAUGAAUUUGCCAGAACUUGAAAAUCACCUUAUUCAGUUAGAGAGUAAGGGGAUGGAAACGAGAGGAGUACUACGCCUUUUGAUCAAUGAACACUGCCGAUGUGGAAAUAUUGAGCGAGUUUUAGAGCUAAGAAAAAGUUUUCACAGUAAAGGCUAUCGAGAAUCCGCAGGAAUGAAAACCUCACUUAUGCAUGCAUAUAUCAUGAACGAUCAUCUUGAUGACGCACUAAGUUUGUAUUCGUCCAUUAAAGAGCAGCACCCUAAUUUUAAAAUUGAUGAAUUUAAAAUUGUUGAUUUAGCCUGUCUUUUAAUUAAGAGCCAACAAUUUACAAGGGCCUUAGAGAUUCUUAAAUACGAAGCACAGUUUAGAAGAAUACAGGGUGGACCUCAGUUAGUUAAAAACUGUUGGAAGCUACUUGGAGCGUGUGAGGAUGAAAUGGAAUUGCAAAAAUUGUUUUCAAUGUUGAUUCAACUCAAAUAUUGUACUCCAUCGAACAUUAUUUUAGGACCUUUAGUUAAAAUCCAUUUGAAAAAAGAAAAUUUGGACAAGGCGGUCAGUGUUUACAAGGAAUGUGUUACAAACUAUAAAUGCACCCCCUUACAAUUGGAAUUACUUAGCGCCGUGGUAAGAGCUGAAAAAUUAGACUUGAUGCAAGAGGUUUUAAAUUAUUCAGCUCAAGUUCAUGGCAGUGAGUCAAUGGUUGUUCCAUGUAUCGCAUCUUUUGCUCAAAAUGGUCUUUACAAAAUUCUCGGAAAGUUUCUUUUGGAAGUUUCUGCAAUUUCGAAGGAAGAGAUGGAGAAAAGAUGCGAGCGUUGGGUAUACGAGAACAAUCUGUUGGCGUUGGAGACUUUAGCUAAAGCAUGUCAACCAUUAAGAUCAAAUGUUAUUGACAAACCAGUACUAUACACUUCCAUAAUGAAAAUUCAUAGUAUCAAUAAUGACUGUGAAGCGGCGGUAUCUUUUUAUAGAGAACUUGUCCGAAAUGAAAUAGAGAUCCCUAAAAACGUUUCUAAUGAGUUACUUCAGUUAGUUCAAAGAUGCAAAUAUGAACUUCCCCAAGAAUUAGCAUAGAUAAUUUUAUUAUUUUGUUUAUGUUUUUUUGUUGUCAAUAAACGCAUCCCUAUUAUAAUAAUUUGAUCUGCUAGGGCCGGUAUUAUAUAAAGCAUGCUUAACUACGUUGUCAGGUAAGUUCAUAGCUCUCCGUUCAUACUUUUCCGUUUGUCCGUUAGCCAAUCAGAAGACAGCAAAUUUUUAAA